UGUGUAUAGUGUAAUAAAUAUAUCAUGCGCGAUACGUUAUGCGCGAAGGUGAAAGACGUAGUUUUGUUUACAUGAGAGAAUUUGUAAUAAUUUAUCAGCAGUUUUUCAAAUUUAUCUACGGUUUUUCGACUCAAACAAUUUGCGUGAUCCCAUAUAAUGUCUGCCAUAUUUAAUUUUCAGAGUCUACUGACUGUAAUACUACUACUGAUUUGUACUUGUACCUACAUCAGAUCACUGAUGCCCAACUUGUUUGAUAAACGUCUGGGAAAGGUUGGUUUUCAGGGUACUUUUUGGAAAUGUGCUAGGAUUGGCGAAAGAAAAAGCCCAUAUGUAGCUUUUUGUUGCGUCUGUAUGGCCUUUAGUAUUUUGUUUUGGUCAUAACAUUCCUAUCCAAAUUAUUUUCGUCGAUGCAUUUAUAUAUCUCAAUGUAGCUUAAUAUAUUUAUGUAUAAAGGCCAAAGGUGAGAAUAAAAAACAAUUUUGAUAUUCA